AUGCAGUCUGAUGUUGACCGGAAAUUGAUGAGUUGGAGGGCUAGUGCGAGAUCGAAGCCAGACCUGGAGGAAUUCAACAUCUUGAGUGACAUGCAGUGGGAAAGAGUUCUUGAGGCCAGCAUCCCUGUGGACUUCAAGCUCAAGUUAUGGAAAAGCAAGAGUAUCAUGAAAGACAGAAGAUGGUCAUUGGAUGAUGCCCUGCUGUCGCUUGACUUCGAACACAACAAGCAGAAAUGUCAAGUUGACAGCAUGAUUACAAGAAAAAAGGCUUCAGAAUCUUCAUAUAUCAAUCCCCCAAUCCAUACUCUGAAGUCGAAGAACGAUUUCGUGCAGCAGAUUAUCAGCACCCCUGAAGAUCAAGCCUUGAAGCGAGGUUCUGCCUUGCUUGUUGAAAUGAAAUCCUAUCGCAUGGCACCUGAUGUCAAGUUUUUCAACACUCUCAUCGCAACGUGUGUGGGAAAGAAUGCAAAACGAGGCAUCCAGACGUCACCAAGUGACCCCUUCCAAGUCAGCAACCCUAGCAGCACCCAAGCAGUCCGCCGCGCAGUUGCAAGAUCGGCUUCGCAGAGAUGGUCGGACUGUACCGAAGUUUUACGGACGAUGAGGGAUCACGGUGUAUCACCGGAUGUUGUGACGUUGAACAUUUUGGUGGAAUCUUGUGUGAAAUGCUCUGACAAGGGCCUUUCAAGAUUGCAAAAUGUCCAGAAGGCCUGCAGGUUGCUACACACUUUCGAAGCGGAUCUCAACAUAAAAGGAGACGUCGUGAGCCUUUCAACGAUCCUGAAUGGCUGCGCAACGGUCUUGAAAGAUGUAUCAGACAAAUGCUGGAGGGAUGUAAACUAUACUGAGCUUGUAUGCGCGAAUCUCAGGAUAGUAGAGUGGACUUUGCAGAAGAUGGCAAAGGAGGGGAUCGUUCCAAACAUAGUGACAUUUGUUUCGCUGCAUGAAAUUGUUCUUUACGCGCUUAUUUUGGGACCAACAGACAAAACUUUCAAGGAUCAAACAAUCAAAUUUUGUUCAAGUUUAUCAGUGAGGAUGAGAAGCUUUCAGGUAGUUCCAAACGGGUUUCUUCUGAAUUCCAUACUCAAAGCAAUGGUCCUUGCAUCCAAAUCACAGUUGGGGACUGAGUAUGCACAGCUGGCAGAAAAUAUGAUCUCCUCUGCACUUUCCCAGGGAGCACAACCUGAUAUAGUGAGCUACAACAUCCUGCUGCAAAGUUUGUUGAAUAUGCGAAAUUUGCGAAGAAAUUCCAGGACUGCCUAUUUGGAGCGGAAAGGCGUGUCCCCUGACAUUGUUACGUUUUCUAUUUUCUUGAACAUCUGCUCGUCAACAUCACUGAAUGAUAUCGACUUCCUCACAAAUAGUGUGAAGAUUCUUGAUAUCAUGAGAGUUCUUGGAGUGAAGCCGAAUUGUGCUACAACUUCCGCCUACAUAUCAGGUCAUUCCAGUGAUUCGCCAAGGACAAGUAUUGCUCGUGGUUUACAGGCUAUUGCAUUUCUUGUUGGGAAGGGCGCAAAGCCUUCUCGGUCCUGGUACUUGGACCUUGUCAGGCUUGCAGUCAACCUUAAUCAAGUCCUCUACAUUGCUGCGCAGCUGCGGAAGUAUGGGUUUGCACCAGACCUCGCAUUUUACACCAUCCCCUUCCAUAACUUCUGCGCUCGUGGGGACGUGAUCAAUCUUGCCUCCGCAUGGGCACUCUUGCUACAGAUGCAGCUCGAUGGAGUUCCUUUCGAUUCCGGAUUUUACAGAACGAUUUUCAAAGCAGGUGCAUGA